AAAGAAUGAAUGCGUAUUUCAAUUUUGGAAAGAUGACGAAGAACAGUUUUAUUGUGAAUUAAGCGAGUGUACACAGACAAGUAAAUUCUUAGAAAUAAUGAGUGGGUCAGUUAUUUAUUAAUUAGCAUCCGAGAACAAUGAUGUGCAGGGCAAGUGUGCGAAGGCAAACUGUGGGUGUAUGAAAGAUGCUUUUAUGUGUGGUAAAGAAACAUGUCUGAACUAGUGAAGAACGUAAAGGGACCUUCAGAAUGGUUCUGUAAAAACGGGGGAGAUUGCUGGUACAAUGAAUACUCUACUCUUGUAAGCGUUUUUCCCGAUAACAUUCAGCUUGCGUGUGAUGUGGGCGAAUGUGCAAAUGAACAAGACUUCCUGGAUGUUGGGCCUAUUGAAAGACAAUUUUCGAGUUAUACAGAAAUGAUGAUUAUUGGCGCUAUUUUUAUUGCUUGUAUUCUAUUGUAUGCUAUCACUCGGUUUACAGCCUUGCAACAAAAGAGAAUGUUUGGUACUCGUAUUGAGCUGACUGAAGAAGACGAAGAGGAAGAUACACUCAGCUAUACAAACACAACAGAAGUAACUUUAACAUUUGCUGACAUCAGCUAUACUGUGAAUGGAAAAUCUAUCUUGUCCAAUAUCAAUGGCUUUGUAGAUCCAGGACACAUGUUGGCUGUAAUGGGGCCCUCAGGUGCAGGUAAAUCCAGCUUGCUAGAUAUCUUAUCUCGAAAGCACAAGCGAGGUAUCAGUAGUGGUACUAUUUUGAUCAAUGGAAAAUCACCCACCAAAAAGCAAUUCAAACGCAUGACUGGAUUUGUAGAUCAGGAUGAUAGUUUAAUGGGUACAUUGACAGUGCGUGAAACAUUGACCUAUGCUGCUUUGAUGCAACUACCGCGCAGUAUGCCACUUCAAGCCAAAAAGAAGCGCGUGGAAGAUGUGAUACAAGAAUUGGGUAUCUCUAAAAUUGCGGAUAGCUUGAUUGGCAUGCCUGGACAAAGGGGCAUUAGCGGUGGCGAAAAACGUCGUGUUAGUAUUGGUAAAGAAUUAGUCACAAGCCCAAGCCUGUUGUUCCUAGAUGAACCCACAAGUGGACUGGACGCUUAUAACGCAGGUGUGGUAAUGGAAUGCUUAAAGAAACUGGCAAAAGAUGGUAAAAGAACUAUCAUAGUUACUAUUCAUCAACCUAGAUCCAACAUUUUCAAAAUGUUUGACUCGCUUAUGCUGCUUGCUAAUGGUCAAUUGGUUUAUUUUGGCCCUACAAAAUCAUGUUCAGCUUACUUCAAAGGGCUUGGUUUCCCUAUUCCAACAGACUAUAAUGUUGCUGACUAUCUAAUUGAUUUGACAAUGAAAUGUCCAGAAGAAAUAGUCACUAGACCUACCACACCUUUGCCAUCAAGCCAUAGUCAAAUCGAAAUGGUUAUUGAGUCUUCAGAAGAGACCCAACCAUCUUUUGAGCUACCUCAAGAUCAUCAAGAGCAACUCGAAGGGUUUGGCGAAUUCAGUCUGCUGAACGAAUCCAAUCAUAUGCACUAUUUGUUAGAUUCAUUUCACUCUUCAGAUCUCUACAAGACAAUCAAAGAUCGUAUUGAACCAGAUCAAGAAACAAAUUAUGCUGUAUGGGUAGAUAUACCAGCAGAACCAUCUAGUUUUUCCAUGUAUCAAUUCUAUCAUGAACUUUCAUUACUUUCAUCACGUACAUUUAUCAAUCUAUAUCGAAACCCAUUCUUGUUUUUUGCACACUUUGCGUUCUCUAUUGUGCUGGCUGUCUUGCUUGGCUGUCUCUUUUGGCAGGUGGAUGUUGAUCUUUCAGGUGUCCAGAAUCGAUUGGGUGUCUUGUUUUUUAUGUGUGCCUUGCUUGGUUUUGCUGCCACAAGUGCAUUAGACAUGUUUAACAAAGAGCGUAUCUUAUUUAUGCGUGAAAGAGAGAAUGGGUACUAUAGUCCUGGUGCUUAUUUUGUCGCCAAAGUAUUGUUUGAUAUCAUACCCUUGCGUGUAGUGCCUCCUCUAGUAAUGGGUUCUGUCAGUUAUUAUAUGAUUGGAUUAAAUACAUCUUUUGUGAUCUUUGGCAAGUUCUUGUUGGUCCUUGUCUUGUUCAACUUAGCAGCAGCAGGUCUAUGUUUAUGCUUUGCUACUGCGUUCACGAGUGUGUCUGUAGCCAAUCUGUUGGCCAACUUGGUGAUUUUGUUCUCUAUGCUAUUCGGUGGAUUUUUGUUGAACAAAGAUCAUAUCCCAUCCAUGUUAAGCUGGCUUCAACAUUUAAGCUUCUUUAACUAUGGUUUCGAAGCCCUUAUUGUAAAUGAACUUAAAGACAUUACCUUGAGAGACAAAUCAAUUGCCGAUAUUCAGAUACCUGGUCCUAUCAUAUUAGCUAGAUUUGGCUUUAAUGGACAAGCCUUUUGGGCAGAUGUCAUUCGAUUAAUAUGGUUUGUACUUGCCACUCUAACCAUGUCUUUUGUUUUCCUUAAAUAUCUAGUUAAAGAGAAACGAUAAACCGUAUUGUAAAUAGUUUAUAAUAGAAUGUGUUUAUUUACAAAGCAAUGAAAUUGGUAUCAAGAUCAAGAAAUAGAGGCAUUCUCCAUCAAUUCUUGUAAUGCUUGAAAGGCUUCUUUUGAUCUUUCACCGUUAGAGUCUGUCUUUGAAACCUUGAGUUGGGAUGUAUCAAUUUGGGGCAAACCAGUGUU